AUGCAGGUCUCUAAACUCGCUAUGGUCCUAUUCGCCCAGAUUUGCCCCAUAAAUGCACUGGCAAUUGCCAUUCGUUCCCUUGCCGGAAGCUAUCCAAGUGUGGCCGUCACCCCUGCCAUGGACCAGCGUUGGUCCAAACAGGACGUGCUCACUCUUGUCGGUGUGUGUGUUGGUGUUGUCACUGUCGUUAUCGGAUUGUUUGGCGUUCUCGUCGGGUCGCCCAAAACACGAGAGUGGCUGUGCAGACCAUUUGAUUGGUUCACGCAAUGUGUGCAGCCUAAAUUGUACCAUCUCGAGACACGGCCGCUGAGACAUCGACCUUCGACCAUUAAGAAUUGGAAGAGGAAGGAUCAUAGAGAGAUUCAUCGGCAGCUACAAGACCGUUACAAUGAGUUAUUGAAGAUGCGGAAGGGAGGAUACUGA